CACCAAGCAGUUUAUUUGUUCUGUUCAUUCUAUCAAUGGCCUAUCAGACAAUGGGAUUAGAAAGACUAACAUCAUUUAUGACGAAGCCGGAGAAUUAAUCAAACAAUAAUUUUAAGAUUUGUAAGUGUAAGAACCUGCUAAACAAUAAAGUACGUGAGACUAAAUACGUGCAAAAUAUCAAGUAGUUAAUCGGGGUUCAAUAGAGAAAUCGUUUGCCGAGGAAUGUUGCUCUUACCAAGAGCUCCUUCGUGAACCACAGAGAUCGAUAUUUCUAAAGGAAGAAUGAAUAGAGGUCAUGAUAUCCAUGAAACAAUUGUGCGGCUAAUUGUUUAACACGAAUAGAAUCAAAGGGUCGAGAACAGUUUGAGUAACAAAAAAAAGCAACACAGUCAAUAGCCUACAACAUUAUCCAGGUAUCGCAAAAAACAAGUGGAUAUCAAUAAAAGGGUUGUAAAGGAACGCCUGGUUCAAUUCAAAACAUCGUAGCCAUGGCAAGUGCCGGUACGUCUAGAACUAUUAGGAGCGCACCGUCGACAGCGAACGGCAAAAGAGCAAAUCAUCAGAAUACAUCUACCUUGAUUAUUACCGGGAAGGAAAGAGAUACGCUUACGCCAAUGCGUUCAAUGCGACCAAACGCCACGCCAGGAGGGGUGGAGGCCGAAAAGCCGAUACUUUCAGCCCACCACAAGAUACCUUUGGAACCAACAUAUAAAUUAGAACCAGACAAUGAUAAACGUUUCCCCUUGACAGAGGUGAAGCAGGUUAUAAAGGAUGUCUUCACGACAGAACUUGAUGGAGUCAAAUAUAACGCCGAAACUUCCAACGUUAAAGCAAAGGAGUUAGCUGACAUUAUUAAACAUAAAGUGAAACAACUACGAAAGACAAGAUACAAGACUAUAGUAUUGGUUUAUUUAGGACAGAAUGAAAUGGAUUUUAAAGCAUCUAUUGCGCUUACCAGUCGGUCUCUUUGGAACGAUAAACUUGACAGUUUUGUGGAACACUCCCAUAAAACCAAUUCACUGUACGUCGUAGGACUAGUUUAUGGAUUAUAUGCUGAGUGAGAACGGACUUAACAAAAACAUCGAUCGUGUUAUUUGUUCGAAUAUCAAGUUCAACUGCUACAUGAUUCAUUAACGAAAAAUAAUUUAGAAAAAAUCGUCUGGCAAUAUUGAUUAUUGCAACUAAGGAGUUUACAAUAAAAUUCAAAUAUAUGAAACUCGACAAUAUUUGUUGAAUUCGACAUAAAAAAUAUAAUACAAAUAUGAUUGUAAAACUAUAUUUUAUUAAUUCGACUUCGACGUUUAAUAUGAUGUGGUGAAAAAUAAUAAUGCGUUAUUUACAAAAUAUAGGCUUCUCUUUCGAGAGACAAUGAGA